AUGGAAAUCCAAAUCAUUUCUACACAAACAAUCAAACCAUCUUCUCCAACCCCUGACCAUUUAAGAAACUAUAAGCUUUCUGUUCUAGAUCAGUUAUGUCCUGAAGUUCACUUCCCCAUCAUUCUCUUUUACUCUUCACCAGGCAAAGAUGCCACCAAAACUUCUCACCACCUCAAGAUCUCCCUCGCGGAAAUACUCACCCUCUACUACCCUUUAGCAGGACGCGUGAAAGAUGAUUAUACUGUUAACUGUAACGAUAAAGGCGCCCUCUUCAUUGAAGCCAAAGUCAGCAGCCAGAUGUCUGACAUCCUUAAACAACCGGAAAAGGAUGUGAUCACGCAGCUGCUACCAUACAAAGCUCAUCAAAAGAUAGUUGGUGAUCCCGUCAAUCUGAGUGUGCAGGUCAAUUACUUUGCCUGCGGCGGCGUUGCAAUUGCAGUUGGGUUUAACCAUAGGAUUGCUGAUGCAACAGCCGCGGCAAACUUCGUUAAAAACUGGGCUAAGCUUGCUAAUCCCAAUAUCAAUGAGGAAAUCAAGAAUGUGAUAUUUGAUAGCACUUCUUUCUUCCCUCCGCAAGAUUUAGUAGAAUUAAGGAAGAGUAGUCUUUUCCAAGGUCAAUAUGCAUCGACGGACGCAAACGUUAUAUCAAAGAGGUUUACAUUUGAAGCUACUAAGAUAGCCGCUCUAAAAGAAGAGAUUGGUAAAAUCGCAGACUCAGUGGAUCGUCCAACACGUUUUGAGGCAGUGUCCGCAGUUAUGUUGAAUGCUAUAACCGCAAUGGCUAAAGAUCCAACACAUUUUGUGGGAUUGAUUCCAGUGAAUCUGAGAAACAGAAUGAAGCCAGAAAUUCCGGGGGAUUGUAUAGGGUGCGUGAGUCAAAUGACAAUGACAAGUUGGUCGAACAUGGAGACCGGAGUUGGUAGUAAUAGUAUAGCGGGAGAUCUUCACGAAGCUAUAAAUAUGAUGGAUGAUAAUUUUGUUAGAGAGUUUCAUGCAUCUGGAGGGUACUUGAAUUUCGUGAGAAGUUUACCAGUAGUUGAAAUGGUAAACAAUAAUAUUAAAAUGAAGUCGUUUGUGAUAACUUCAUGGUGCAGACUUCCAUGGUAUGAAACAGAUUUUGGUUUGGGAAAGCCAUUGUGGAUGUGGGUAACCUCUGCGGCGAGGAAUGAAAAUAUUGCCAUUCUCAUUGACAACAUCGAUGGUAAUGGAAUAGAUGCAUGGGUUGGUCUGUCAAAGGAAGAAAUGAUCAAAUUUGAACAAGAUCCUGGCAUCAAGACUUACGCUUCUUUCGAUACAACCAUAUGA